CACUGGAAAACUUCUUCAUUUCUGCUGCUUUAUUCCAGCUUGUGAAAAUGGAGCGCUUGUCUGCAGCAAACACACGAUUCUCUCUCAACCUGUUCAAGAAGAUCAGUGAAGGAAACGCCUCAAAAAAUGUGUUCUACUCUCCGAUCAGCAUCUCCUCGGCUCUGGCCAUGGUGUCGCUCGGAGCUAAAGAAAACACAGCGGAGCAGAUGUUUCAGGUCCUCAGCUUUACCAAUCCUCCCACACACUGCGGGACUCCAGUACCUAAUGUUUCAAUGGACCAAAUUCAUUCCAGCUUCAACAAGCUCAUGAGUGAACUGAACAAACCAGGAGCGCCGUAUGUGUUGAGUCUUGCCAACCGCCUCUACGGAGAGCAAUCCUACCAGUUUGUCGAGAAAUUCCUGAAUGAUGCAAAAAAAUACUAUGAAGCCAGACUGGAGGAGGUGGACUUCAAGAAGAAUUCAGAGGCUGCACGUGUCAACAUCAACAAAUGGGUGGAGAAAAAAACACAAGAGAAGAUCAAGGACUUGUUGCCGCCACGAGGUGUUGAUGAAACUACAAAACUGGUCUUGGUGAACGCCAUCUACUUCAAGGGGAACUGGGAGAAGAAAUUCUCAAAGGACGCCACCAGAGAUGGACAGUUUAAGAUGAACAAGACUCAAACUAAACCAGUGAAGAUGAUGCAACAGAAGUCAAAGUUUCCUCUGGCCUUCAUCCCAGAGAUGAACAGUCAGGUUCUGGAGCUGCCGUAUGUCGGGAAGAAUCUCAGUAUGUUGAUCAUCCUUCCUAACGAGAUUCAAGGUGAAACCACAGGCCUUCAGAAGCUUGAAAAGGCACUGACCUUUGAGAAGCUCAUGGAGUGGACCAAACCCAGCAAGAUGCUUCAAGAGGAAGUUCAAGUAUCUCUGCCCAAAUUUAAGAUGGCAGAAACCUACGGGAUGGUGCAGUUUCUGCGCAGCAUGGGAAUGGAGGAUGUUUUUGACCCACAGAAGGUGAAUCUUUCAGGCAUGUCGUCCAACAACAACCUGGUGGUGUCAAAGGUGAUUCAUAAAGCCUUUGUUGAAGUAAAUGAGGAAGGAACUGAAGCAGCUGCAGCCACCGGCAUCACCAUCACAACAAUGUCAAUGCCAUUACCACGGAAAACCUUUAUUGCAGACCAUCCAUUCCUUUUCUUCGUCCGUCAUAAUCCCUCCAACAGCAUUCUGUUUUAUGGACGCUUCUGUUCUCCUUGA